AUGGAUUGUUCUCUGAACGAGUCCUUUUCAACGAGCAGUUACCUCCAACCCCCUAGCAGCAGACUGGAUGCGGAGACCAGUCAAAGUCGUCACCUCUUGGUGAUUUUGGAGGACCGCUCUGCCAACGACGGUGACAAUCCAAAUAAGUUUGGUGUCGCCAUUCUCAAAACCGUGACUGGGGAAAUAAUGAUACUGCUUGAACGUGGCAAUCCCAGUCAGAAGUUGAAGACCAUUCUGAAGUCGCGCUUGCCAGACGUGCCUCUGGAGAACCUGACUCCAAAGAAACAGUUUUUGACCGCAACUGAGACCCUUCAGGUGCUGGACUCGGCCAAUUACUUCGCACUGGGUGCUGCCUCAAAGGAGCACAGCGAAACCGAGAGCGCCCAAAAGCGAGCGCACUGGCCUGAAGAACUGGUCAAAAUGCUUGAUCCAUGUGAGCACAUUUUUAUCUUCAAAUAG